ACCAGAGUAUAAAAACGAGCACCAGAGACUCUCUGCCUCUUUUUGCAUUCAUCACAGCAAUACGACUACAUUGGGAAAUGGCCACUGCAGGAAAGGUGAUUAAAUGUCGGGCUGCUGUUGCCUGGGAGCCCAAUGUGCCUCUGAUGAUGGAGGAAAUAGAAGUCGCCCCACCUCAGGAAGGAGAAAUACGCAUUAAGGUUGUAGCCACAGGUGUUUGUCACACCGACCUUUACCACCUGUUUGAAGGGAAGGACAAGCGGGGUUUUCCCACUGUCCUGGGACAUGAGGGCGCUGGUGUGGUGGAGAGUGUGGGACCUGGAGUCACUGAUUUCAAACCAGGUGAUAAGGUCAUUCCACUCUUCCUCUCUCAGUGUGGAGAAUGCAAGUUCUGCAAGUGUCCAAAAACAAACCUGUGUGACUGCAGCUGGUCAAGUAAAUAUUAUGACAUUAUGUCUGAUCCUACGACACGUUUCACUUGCCGUGGUCGGCCCAUUCUGCAGUUCAUGGGCACCAGUACCUUCUCUGAGUACACCGUCAUCAACCAGAUUGCUGUGGCCAAGAUUCAUGAUGAUGCCCCACUCCACCGCGUGUGUCUGCUUGGCUGCGGCAUCUCUACCGGUUAUGGAGCUGCUGUCAACACAGCUGGGGUCACACCAGGCUCAGUGUGUGCAGUGUUUGGACUGGGUGCAGUAGGUCUGGCUGCAGUCAUGGGCUGUAAAAACGCCGGAGCCUCCCGCAUCUUUGCUGUGGAUAUUAAUGAGCAGAAGUUUGAGAAGGCAAAGGUCUUCGGUGCCACUGAUGUUCUGAAUCCAAAGGCAUAUAAUAAACCCAUCUCUGAAGUACUGGCAGAACUUACCAAUGGAGGAGUGGAUUUCUCACUCGAGUGUGUGGGCAACACUGAAGUAAUGAGAACUGCACUGGAGUCAUGUGUUAAAGGUUGGGGUGUGAGUGUUUUGGUUGGCUGGACUGAUGUGAAGGACUUCUCUGCAAAGCCAAUUCAGCUCAUAUCUGGGAAAACCUGGAAAGGAUCUCUGUUUGGAGGUUUUAAAAGUAAGGACUCUGUUCCAAACCUGGUUUGUGACUACAUGACCGGCAAAAUAAAGCUUGACGAGUUCAUAACACACAAAAUGAGUCUGGAGCAGGUCAACGAUGCCAUCAACCUCAUGAAGACUGGAGACUGCAUUCGAUGCAUCCUGAAUAUAUCCAAAUGAGAAGCAAAUCGUCUUCACCCAACCAGUUUCUAGGCCAGAUAUAUUCAGAUUAUGCGCUUCACCUUCUUUGCAGUAUUUGAGUAACAGCUGGGUGCAUUCAAGGAUCCUCUUUAAUAGCAUAUUCCAGCCCUCUGCUUUAUUAAGUGAUUCACAAGUGCCUGUAAACGUUAAUGUUUAACAUCAAAAAACGGUUCUAUUCGUCUGCAAUGCAAAAUGCUUCUGAAAAGUUUUGCAAGAAAAUGCUAUCUGUGCCAAAUAAAAAGAGAGACAAGCAUGUUAA